AUGGAGUGUCGAACGUUCGAAAUAACCCUAAUAUCGGCGCACGACCUUGAGGACGUCCGAAAAAUAUGCAAGAUGAAAGUCUACGCCCGAGUCUCUAUCGGUGGUGGGGGCCACGGGCCUCCCGCCAACGAGAAGCGGACCCCACCCGACAAGCACGGGCAGACAAACCCCGCUUGGAACUUCAUGAUGAGGUACACGAUAAGCGAGCGCAUGCUCGAGAGCCACAACUCGUCGCUCGUCGUCAAAUUAUAUUGCAAACGGAAGCUCGGCGAUAGGUAUGUGGGAGAGGUCCACACCUCCAUGAAGGAGCUCUUCGAGUGCUCGAAGGGUAGCGGUGGAGCUGCGGUUUUGUGUUUUCCGGUACAGAGGGGCUGCGUGAACUCUCAGGGUGGGCUGAGGUUUUCGUAUCGGUUCGGGGAGAAAUUGGUCAUUGACAAGCUUCUGCUGGCUGAGGGUCUUGGAGGCUGGAUUUUUUCUUGA